CUUCUUUUCUAUUAGUUGCCGAGCUUUGCGUGAAGAGGCCGUCAUCUGAUAAUUGCAACACCGUCAUGGGCCGUCACCUCCGUGCCUAGCCUGAUCGGAGUAAGUGGCUUGUAAUCAAUGCCGUCUUCAUUGUUCGAGAACAUGCUCGCGAGUAGUGCGCGCAGGCGUGGUAGAAAAGUGCAGGAGAGCCGCCGAUUCCACAACUGCCCUUCCUUCGAACAAAGAACCCACAACGGGAAGGCGGCAGUGGCACCUCGAAUUAGCACAGCAAGAGGCAGCAGCAAGUACUCUUGUCACUACUGAUCUCCGCGACCCGACAACGGUGUGCAACAGAAAGCUCAGGCACUGGCUCCACAUAAACCGUGCAAUCGCCCUUCUCAUACGCACACAGCGCCCAGGGUCCACACAGGCACUCAAUUUCCUCUUGUCGAUAAAGAGUAACGAUCAGACGCCCACCUGGCCGACGGUAGAAGAAGCCGAAUCGUCGCUGCUAGCUGUGCCUCACUAGCACAAACAUCGACAUAUCGCAAAUCACAAACAAAGACCAGCCCACGCGGCAUUGUCACGACAAGGAGACAAACAAGCCAGGAGACCGUCUCGUGACAACGACGUCAACCGCCUGUGCAUCGCGAUUUUAAUUCAAGAAAAGCGUGGGCGUGCUCCAGCGCGCGACCCGGCGGCAGCACAAAGUACAGCGAGCCACCAGCCAGCAUAGACGCGCAGCUCGUUUGUCGGUUAUUAGUCUCCAUUCACGACCCACCGCUUGGCUUGCAUCCAUUUCCAAGACGCAGGCGUGCAUCACUUCCGCUAGUGGUGCUGCGAGGUGUAACGACCAGACGCACUUUGGGGAGCUUGCUCGUGAUCGCAUGUCUUCCAACGCCGCCACCAAGCUGCAUUCGCUCUCUGCUACUGCCACAUCAUCAGCACGCUCGCGGCCCAACACCACGACGACAACCACGACCGCUCCUGCCCGAGGACGUUCACCCACCCCCGGCUUCUAUUCCGGUUUGGCUGCUCCGAGAGGGAUGCCUUCGCCACGCACCUCGCCCGCCAUGAGACCAACUUCACCUCUGUCGCCUGGCUAUAAGAACUCAGGUCACUUCGACGGUUUCCAAUCACCACCACAACGACCAAUGCAUUCACGAACGAGCAGCGGUCAGCACCAUCACCACACCCAACAGCAACAGCGACGAGCUCCGAGCAACUCGCUGCGGUUGCCGUCACUUCCGAGAUUCCAUCCCGCGAAUUUCCCAUCUGCGCAGAGCAGUCUCAAUUCCACGCCAGAUGUCAAUUCCCAUGCCUCCUCACCACAACCGCCAAUGUCUCCGAGGCAAUACCAGCGACUGUACAACGAUGCACAGAAACAACUGUACUUCAAUCAUCGGGAACUCUUCUCCACAGCCGUUGGUGGCAAACCAGUCAGUCCACGAUUGCAACCUCUAGGAAGUCCUGGACCUGUAACGCCACUGGAGCUCGAGGGUGAAGAAGGCUACCUCAUCGCUGGCGCCCGGAGCAUGAACACCUCUGCGGCAACGCCUUCAGAUGUCGCAGAGAAAAUGGUCAAGGCCGAAGUUCAACGUCAGCGAACCUCGGAAACUGGCAGCCUGAGGCAAGCUUCACGAUGAUGAACCUGGAUGAAGUUCAACCUUCAUCACCAACGAACCUCUUCGUAAUGUGCGCGCGUGCAGUACAACCACGAAUACGCGACACUCUCGGCCUUUUCUGGUACACGACAAUAGCAUAGCGAGGUCUCUUCAUCAUGGUCCUCGCACAUUGGGCACAAGGCAAAGGCGUUUUUAUUUUGUAUCGGCGGCGUAAGGAAAAAUACCCCUCGAGACCACAGAAUGGAAGGAGGUCUGGAAGACGACGACGUCGACGGUAACCCAGGAGGUUAGCCAGAAAAAGAAUAUUCCACAACACACAGCGGUCUUCGCCAUCAACGAGUCCGCUAUUCCCUUGGUUCGGCAAACGGAUUCCCUUUGGUUCUACAUUUUCGGAAUACGGAAUGUUAUCUAUAGCGGAGCGUUUCUGCUCGCAGCUCGUGGCUCGUUUGCAUCACGCAGGCUGGCUUUGUUCCUCUACGCGCAUCAUCAUCUGGCGCUCGUCUUUUCUUGGCAUUAGCUUCUGUAUGUACUGAUAUGGUUGUACGAUGUCAGACCGAAGCGAGUCGGAUACAGAUAGCUAGACAGAGAGAUGGAUGAAGCAUCCAGUCAAUGUAGAUGUACAACAGCAAUUGAAAGAAAACCUCAUCAUUGAGC